AGGCGGGCUAGGGAGAGGGCGGCAGGGAGGAGGCUCGGCAGCCCGGAGGGCGGAGGACGCCGCGCAGUCCCAGCCCCGAGCUUCAAAACAGCCGGCGCCUCGCCCCACGCGCAGCCCGCCACUUUGUCCAGACGCCCGUGCCCGGUUUGGAUUUGUCCCUCGCCAUCUUUGUCUCCUCAUCUCUCUUUGGACUUCCUGCUGCCCCCUUGGCCUUCACUGCCCUGUGAACAUGUUGGUGAUUCUUGCCUUCAUCAUUGUCUUCCACAUCGUGUCCACGGCACUCCUGUUCAUUUCUACCAUUGACAAUGCUUGGUGGGUAGGAGACAGCUUCUCUGCUGACCUCUGGAGAGUGUGCACAAAUAGCACAAACUGUACCGAGAUCAAUGACCUGACCGACUCUGAAGAGUUUAAAGGUUAUUCUGUGAUACAGGCGGUGCAGGCCACCAUGAUCCUCUCCACCAUCCUCUCCUGCAUCUCCUUCCUCAUCUUUCUGCUCCAGCUCUUCCGCCUCAAGCAGGGAGAGAGGUUCGUCCUGACGUCCAUCAUCCAGCUCAUGUCCUGUCUGUGUGUCAUGAUCGGAGCUUCCAUCUAUACAGACCGGCGCCAAGACCUUCACCAACAGAACGGAAAUCUCUAUUACCUACUGAAAGAAGGCAGUUACGGCUACUCUUUCAUCCUGGCCUGGGUGGCCUUUGCCUUCACUUUCAUCAGUGGCCUCAUGUACAUGAUCCUGAGGAAGCGUAAAUAAGUGUCAGAAGUCUGACCACUCUCCCACAGGGUGGCAUCCAUGGCCACAUAACCAUUUUGUAUAUAAUCAUUUUUUGUGUUUUUUCUAGCAAACAUAUUGUUUCCUUUAAAAGCUUUUAUGAAGAAGAAGAAGAAGAAGAAGAAGAAGAAGAAGAAGAAGAAGAAGAAGAAGAAGAAGAAGAAGAAAGAAAGAAAGAAAGAAAGAAAGAAAGAAAGAAAGAAAGAAAGAAAGAAAGAAAGAAAGAAAGAAUAGAAACAGAGAAGAGGAGUUUCUGCAUUCUUGGGAUCACAAACCAGACCAUGAAAGCUGGCAUUCAGAAUGCCUGCCUACCAAAAGUCUCAGCAAGGCCCAGCAAGCUCCACAGGAUGCUUCUCCAGGGUGGCUCUGUGGUGUGGGUAUGGCCAAAGGUGGGGAAAGCCAGUCUUUGGGAGCAGACUCUUUGCAGGAAUCUGCCCUUCCCUCUUGCCCUGCCCACUCCACUCUGACAGCCACAGGUAGAACGAUGAGGGCCCAAAUGUGGGACAUCUAUGCUCAGAUAUUAAACCUAAGCUCACGUAAGAAGUGGGCAAAGACUGGCCCUGGUUUGUCUGUAAGGGACCCAGAGUUUCCCAACCCCCCUGCCAUGAGUUAGGUCAUCACACCAAUUUGUUGAUGUUUGCUCCUGUUUGCCUUAAGGAGAGUAACCCUUGCUUGACCCAGAUGUCAUGUUUAGGCACUAAGUGUCCAUAGGUCAUUCCGUAGGGCAUCUAGUACACGUCGGUUCACAAGUCUACUUCCAAGACCCUCGGAAUCCUUCAUCGAAGGGCUGGGCCUGGGUGUCUGAUGAGCUCCCUGCAAUAUGGUUAAAUGCAUUAAAACUGGAGGUCAGAGCCCUAGAACCGGGGGAGCAGAGCCACCCUGUAAAUGUUACCAGGCUAAUCCCAAUGAGAUGCCCCCACUGCUAGCCACGUCUCAGCCUCCAUCAGCUCUUGCUGCCUCUUCCACAGCUGCUUACAUCUGGGACACUUGUGCCCCAUUCCCAGGCCAUACAAGCCUGGAAGGUGGGCUGGGCAGCCUCCUCCCUGACCUACAUGGGAAGGUCUCUCCUUUUCUUCCCACCCUUUUUGCUAAUGUGGAUGCUUCCAUUAAUCCUCUGUUUCUGGAGCCUUGGAAGACCUGUCUUCCAUUCAUUCAUCCACCCAUCCAUCAUUCAGCAUGAAUGCGUCUUGUCACGUGUUGGGUGCAAGGGAUACUCUUUCAAAACAAUCCCUCACGAGACUCACAGUCUAGUGAAGAACACACGCCAGAAACCAAUUAGAGAAACUACCAACCAUGAUGGAACAUCAGGGAUUCAAAACCUCCGGGGUGAGAGGGGGCCUACUUUCUCUGUGUUCAUCUAAGUGCGUUGAUGGCUCUCGAUUGCUCUGAACAGAGGUCCACUUGGUCCAGUGCUAUUAACUGGGUAGUGCCCAUGGGGUUUCAUCAGAGAAUACUACUGUAGAGCAUUCUAUACUCCCCACAGGGAGACAGGAAAGGAUUCCCAGAGCCAUGGCUCUUAAGAUGGUCCUCGAAGGAAAAUCCAGUCAUUUCCAAGUGGGCCUGAACCCUGAGGCUAUGGGGAGGUCUUCAGUAGUCCUGGAAGAGUGACGUCCACACCUGAGUCCCAGGAGCUCUGUGAUGGCAACCUCCUCCCUUGGACACCCUUUUUCCAUUUUUGAGCAUCGAGUUGGAGAGGUGAUUCUGGGACAUGGUGUGCUGUUUAAACACAUUCACAUGUAAGCUGCCUGAGGGGAGGGGAUGUUUGCCUCUAGCUCAGUCCCAGUGGAGCCGGGGGAUGAUGAGUCUGAGUGGCUUUAGGGCCAUCAUUGACACCACCUCAGUACAAAUGGACUCCCCUCCCUUCCUCCCUCUCUUCUAUCCUCCUUUCCUUCCUUCCCUUAGCAGGGCUGCCAAGGUGAUAUGGGACAGUGACAGGACAAAUGAUCGCCUGUUGCCUUAAUGAACUUUCCACAGCUCACUGCUGGCUAGGUCGUAGAGUUUCUCCAUGUCUUGUGAGGCCCAAGGAAGGAGGCCAAUCUAAAGUGUCCUCCAUACCUUCCCCUUGGGGGCUUUUCUGUAAUAGUUGUUUAAAAAUUGUUCUGAUGAUCAUGAUGGAAACAGACAGACCACCUUAGAACCAGAGGCCUGAAAAAGCCUGACCUGACCAGCACAGAUUCCCACUUCAGAACCCCAGGGCUAUGGAAGUGCCCUUGUCCAACGCUAUGGGAAUAGUCCUGUGGGUUGUCUCUGUUUGCCACUGUGACCAGCAUUCCAGUGCCUACAGCCACCUGUGCCUACAGCCACCUGUGCCAUGAGAAGUGCCUCUCCUGCUCUAUGCCCUGCAUUUGGGAUGCUAAGAAGAGGUGAGGGUGUGAGAGAGAACAGACCCACCCUUCUCCUAGGUAGGAGCAGCUCUCAAUUGGUGCUCAUCACUAGUUAUCAAAGAACAGCAGAGACAGCUGCGUUCCUUAUCCAAGAAGCAAGUAUUAGGACCAAAACCUGUCACUGUAUUUAAAGGAACUUUAGUUUGCGUAUCUUACAUUUUUAUAAAGUACUGUAAUUCAGGGGGUGGGGUAUGCAACAGAGACAGACUAACCCAUGUUUGUCAUUUGCAUUAAAAUUAUUUUGGGUCUCUGUUUAAAGAA